CGCUCUGGUGGUGACCAUAUUAGUUUCCUGUGCACAAUUCAAACUGGUUAUUAGUACCGUGGAAAAAUAAUAAUAAUAACGCAAUAGCUGACAGCACUGUGGAACACUUAAAAUGUCAAAAUUCAGAGUAUGCGCUGUGAGAAUGCAUGGAGGAAUGACUUGGCUUCGAAACGACACAACCCGUUUUAGCGAGAUACCCACAGCAGCUGCAGCGAGUGACGCAACCGUGCAAACAGAGACCCAGCUACUGCCGCACUGAGUUCAUAAGGAGCCCGGCUGUACAAAGAAGAGCGCAGGACCGGAGAAGCUGCGUUUAUGUAGCAUACUUGGGAGGGACAUCGUUUUGAAGUUUUUAAAAUCCAAUUUUUUGAAGUAGUCGCGUGUGUGGUCUGUCUCAGUUAAGUUUUAGACCGUUUAAACGUUACACUAAUGCGUACAAUACUGUCAUGUAUUUGCUGUUUGUUACGCAAUUAGCAUAUUCAUUGAAGUUUUUGCCGAAGUUAUUAAUACACGUUUGAAUAUUAAGGUCGUAUGUAUUAAAUAUAGUUACAUAUAUAACUAGAGAUGAUGUAUUAUGUUUUUUGUGUGGUGGAUGUAGAUAGCAGGCUAAAGUCUGUCCGUCUUUCACAAAUGUCAUUGCCAGUUUGUGCUGCAAUACUAACCCCAGCACUGUAGACGUACAGCACUAUGGGGAGCGGUGUGCAUUACAGAAAGGCUGUAGACUUACACCACUCCGGGUGCUUUGAGAAUUACUUAAUGUGUCGUUCUUUUAUAGACUCACUUUGAGUUUGAUUUUCUGUGGAGCUGUUAUUUUUUUAACGGUGUCUACAUGAACACAAGAAGGAGCAGAGAUGUGUUCGGUUUGGUACUUGGCGGGUCUAACUAUAAACAGAAUAAAAACAUACUAAGAUAACAACUAUUUAGCCUACGUUUAAUUAAUCGUUUUUGUAAUCUGCCAGCGGCUUCUGUUGCAUACACAUCGCUGAUAAUAGUGCAGAUCGUAGGUAAAACCAAUGUUCGUGUUGGGGUGCGUAUUUAUUUUUUAAUCAAUGCCAUCCUUCUGGAGUCCUCAGAAUGCCUUUUAAUUUGUUUGUUUUUUUAAACCAUUUAAAUACAAAACCAUAACAAAACAUGUAUACAUGCCGUUUUUAUUUUUCCUCGUUGCCUUUCAUUCAUUUUUCUGCACGCACUACUACUUUGUAUAUGAUGUAGAAUAAGUGAUUGUAAACAUCUAACACUAUUACGUACAAUACUCUUUCAAAUAAACGUGUUAUUAUUUUGAAUGUGUGGUUCUUAAGGACGGUAUUAUUGUCAUUGCUUGCGCCCUGGCUCCUCUUUCUUUACAAAUUAAGCACUGACUAGAAAUAUUCAUAACGGGGUUCAUGUAAUGGGCAGAAAGUCACUUCUGUUAGGUGGAUUUUUUUCCCCCACAUCAAAUAUGCUAUUAUAUCGAUACAUGUAUUGACAUACUGACUUUUUUUUCUUAAGUUGGGUUCAUCCCUACAGACACUGGCUUUCAGCUCAGCUUACAUAGGGAGGCUCGGUAAAACAUCGCAACAUGUGCAUGUAGUACACACUUGUGUUCAGCCGAGGUGCCCCUCUUAUGACAGAUUCAUUUGUUACAGAAAGGGCACCCUGACCUGUAUUCAGAAGGGUUUACAUAAUACUGAACGCGUGGAGAUGGAGUGUGUUCAGCAUGCAAAAAUCUGAGAUGUGUUUAAUUCUGAAACUUUUCAUUUUCAGUAAUUUAAUGCAUCAAUGUUCGUUGACACCGUACAUUAUCUUUACUGUUGGCAGCAGUGGGGUAUAGUGGUGGAAGACGUUCCUUCACUCUGUACGUUAUUAUCUUUCCUGUUAACAGCUGCAGAACAGUGACCAGCGGGGGAAUGGUGGACAGACGAACUCCUGAGAUGUGUGAGAAGGAGGCUGAGAGCCGAGCCUCCGAGGGACCCCCCUGGCCGGCCCGUUUCCGCAGCACCUCCUCCUGCUCCUCAGAGGGUGCCCGUGCCCCCUCACCUGCAGACAAGCAGCCCGCUGCUCCGGACGGGGGUUGGGGCUGGGUUGUGCUCCUGGCCACUAUUCUGGUGCUGGCGCUGACCCUGGCCUUCCCCUCCUGCAUUGGCAUCUUCUACACGGACCUGCAGAGCCAGUUCCACGCCAACAACAGCGAGACCUCCUGGGUGCCCUCCAUAAUGACGGCCGUGCUGCACGCUGGAGGCUUGGGAUUCUGUCUGAGCUUCCAGCCUGCCAUCGCCAUCCUGGGGCACUACUUUGUGCGUCGGAGAGCCUUCGCCAACUCCCUGGCAUCCACGGGCACCGCCAUUGGCCUAUCCACCCUCCCGCUCUUCGCCCAUUUCCUGCUGACCCACAUGGGCUGGCGGGGCAGCUUCCUGAUCCUGGGGGCGGUGCUGCUGAACUGCUGCGUGUGUGGAGCUGUGAUGCGGCCGGUGCACCAGGGGAGCAAGAAGCCAAACCGGACCAGGGGCCAGCCGGACAAAAUAGAGAACGAGCUGUCCAGCACCGGACAUCACAGAGCCAGCGGGAAACUAGCAGCCUUCCUGGCCGCACUGCAGAAGCACAUGGCCUUUGAUCUGUUCUGCAGCAACAAGCGGUACCAGAUCUACAGCAUCGGGGUGACCUGGAUGAUGCUGGGCUUCGUGGUGCCGCUGUUGUACCUGGUGCCCUACGCUACCAGCCAUGGCAUGGAGCAGAAACGGGCCGCCCUCCUGCUCUCCAUCCUGGGCCUCAUCAACAUCUUCAUGCGCCCGCUGGCCGGCAUCAUCUCCGAGCUGCACUGCUUCUCAGGGAAACACAUUUACCUGUUCAGCGGCGCCGUGCUGGUGAACGGCCUCAGCAACUGUAUCUGUGGCAUCGGGGCCAGCUUCUCUGUGCUGCUGGCCUUUGUGGGGGUCUACGCCCUGUCCAUGAGCUUCAUCGGCUCGCUGCUCUUCCAGGUGCUCAUGGAGAUCGUGGAGAUGCCUCGAUUCCCCAGCGCACUCGGCCUGAUCACCAUCAUGGAGAGUGUCACCCUGCUCAUCGGUCCCCCCCUGGGUGGCCUCCUUGUGGACUCCACUCAGGAAUACAAGUAUGUUUUUUAUGCUUGCUGCUGCGCCAUGGUUUCUUCUGCGCUCUUCAUGGGUGUAGCCUUCUACCUGCUGGAACGGGACGAACGGAAGACCAUGGACCCCCCGAAACACGCUGCCCCCCUCUCCCUGGACUGCCAGUACACUGGGAUCACACCGGGGAGCAGAGCAGUGCAGAGGAGCGGCUCAGAGACAGAGUACAUCACCAGCGUCUGAUAGGCUCCACCUGCAACUCCCACACCCCAUUCUCAGGGACCUGCCCCUCCCUGCUGCUCAGUCCACAGAGUUUUUUUCAUUGUACUGUAGAUGAUCAGGAUCACUGACGUCUUUCACAAUCCAGUUUCGAGUUUCACAGUCCAGCCCGCGCUCCAUCCUGGGAUUGCUUCACAGUGUCUGAUUUCAGGAAAUGUGCAACACCACCACCAGGUACAGAGACCCUGUUGCAUUGGCUGCUGAUCAGGGUUUGUCAACUCAAUAUAGUUCCUUAAACAUUUUCUGUGAGCAUUGAGCAUUCCUGAUUGAGCGAUUGAGCAUUCCUGAGAAAUCUCCUGCAUCUGUGUGAAUGUUUUGCUUGCUGCACAGAUGUGAUUUACAUCACUGGUGGGAUUCUUCUAGAUUUUCUGUAUGCGUGUCACAGCUUCUUUUAGCUUUCUUCAGUGCCUAGAACCUUUUUAAAUAUUAUAUUCCUUCCUCCCAUGCCAUGUCAUAAUUCUUCUUACAAGUACGACUCCCAUUGCAGAGCCAGGUUCAGUAACUCACACUAGUCCUGCGUUUCCUAACUCACUCAUUUAGAUAUAUUACUGAAACUCAAGAGUAACCAGAAAACUGUAAAUACAGCUGCAGGAACAGCUUCUAAUAGUAAACUCACCUAUUCAUGCUGUGACAAGAAGUACAAAUCCAAAGAUGCUAUGAUGAGGCUGUAUAAUGCCCUGGUGAGACACACUUGGAGUACUGUGUUCACUUCUGGUCACCUCAGCACCAAAGGGACAUUGUGACCCUGGACAGAGUCGAACAAAGAGCAACCAGACUAAUCCCAGCAAGGCUUACAGGAAUGAGCUUUGAAGAAAGACUGAAAGAAGUGAAUCUAUUCAGCAGAGAAGAAGAAAGUGGGGGCGUGGGGGCUUGCUUAAAGUCUUUAAAAUCUUAAAAGUAAUGCACAGUUACCCUAAACCAACACUUUGUGAAGCACAGAGGGCAGAGAACCAUUUAGUUGAUGCUGAACAGCUGGGGUCCUUGAAGACACGAUUUGACAGCGUUUUGAGAAGAGUCAACUACAGUAAAACCUGUCUAGUCUGGCGUUGCUUGGGACCGGAACAUUGUGCCCACAGUGCUGGAUUACAGAGUUCAUGUAAACUUUAAACACAACAAUGCCUCAAUAAAACGUGUACCUGUUCCGAGCCUGUUUGAACAGGUGUGUUCGUACCUGCAUGCGCAAUCCAGGUGCCUUCUGCUGGCAUUCAGGGUUGCUGUGUUAAUUUUCAUUUGGCAUCUUUUCUUUUCAGAAUGUCUGAAAUGGUUUCCCUUGCAAUGUUGGAAAUUUUUGUGUUGGUUUUGGUAAACGUUCAGCUUUUUUGAUAAGUGCAAUUUUUCUAUCAAGAGCUAGCUGUUGUGAGGUAGACAUUGUAUUUGCAGUUCAGUAACUGCAUAAUUCAGAAUGGAGCCAGUGGGCCCCGUGAGUAUAUACACAACGUCUUGCUUUUGUUUUGUUGUUUUUUUAAUACUAGAAUGCUACAGAAUGCUGGUGUGCAGAGGGACUGGAUUAGACAAGUUUUACUGUACUAGUUUACUGUUUACAGUAAUGUCCUCCUCUCGUUUGUACAUUUUCUUAUCAGAUCAAAACAGAUUACUGGAAUUCCUGACAUCUUGUCAUUUCAAUAAUACCAAUUCACUGUGAGCUUCAUUACCGAAACCAGAGGCCUUGCUUUCGCCUCGUGGAACUUCAUGUUGUUAGUGCAACCUGGAGUGACUCAAACUGCUCUGCAAUGGAGGUGAAUACCGAGGAGAGAUCCCAGGGGCUCCAUGUUGCAAGCCAGCUCAGGCUCUAAUGCACUUGAGAGGUAGCAGUUACAAUGCCUGGGUUGGGAGGUUUGGGAUGAAUAACAAUGUGAGCAAUAUGUUCAUGAAAUGUAGUCAUUCCAGUUGGAGGUGUGUAGCUGGGAACUCUUUACCCUGAUACAUCACUUUAGUCUUGUUACUGCAGUUUGAACAUAAAAAAGAUUGUGUGUAACCAGCAAAACAUCUCUUAUUGCUUCAGGCGUUUUUUAAAAAUAAUAUUUGUACCUGUUCUCUCCUGUUUUAUCAAGCUUUACAAACUGUAGCCUGAUGCCAAGAAAUGAGGUGAGAGAUCGUUUUGCUCGUGGAGUUUUAAAUUCCACAUGAUUUUCAAGCUUGCAGUGCUCCUGGGACACUUACUUUCCAGACAAUAGCACCCAAAUCAGCGGGUGUUCCUGUUCGACUGACCGCCACGACAACAACCAGCUGUCCCGAGCACGUGAAGGGAUUUACUGUCUUCAGUGCUGUCUCUAUGGAUUGUUCUGCUGUCCGAGCACGUGAAGGUAUUUACUGUCUUCAGUGCUGUCUCUAUGGAUUGUUCUGCUGUCCGAGCACGUGAAGGUAUUUACUGUCUUCAGUGCUCUGUAUGGAUUAUUCUGCUGUCUGAGCACGUGAAGGUAUUUGCUGUCUUCAGUAUGGAUUGUUCUGCUGUCUGACUAGCUGGGAUGGUCUCGGAGGCUUCACAUUCCUGUUAGAAUAUGAGUCUGUAUUUUUGAGUCAGUAGGGUUAUAGGCAUGCGAGUACUUUUUCAACAGCGCUGUGUUACUAUUCAGUUUGAUGUACUGUAUGUGUUUCUUUGGCUUGUUUCUGUGCCUUUUAAAAUAACUACAUCCCAGCUCAGAGGUGUGGUGCUCUCUCAGCGCGAUUGUAGUGACAAUUGAUUGCAUCACCUUGGGAUAACCACCUCCCCCCCAUACCAGAAGGUUCUCAGUUCAAAUCCGGGCUCAGCCACUGACUCACUGUGUGUGACCCUGAGCAAGUUACCUUCUUGUACUCCAUAAGUGACUCUGCAUAGCAGUUAUGAUGCAUAGUUCAUCCCCUAGUCUCUGUAAGUCGCUUUGGAUAAAAGCGUCUGCUAAAUGACUAAUAAUAUAUAUAUAUAUGAAUGACAAGUUUAAAACUCAAUUUUAACUGAUCAUCUUGCGAUUAGGUUUGACUGAAAACUCUGUGCCUCACAUCAUGAUUUUACUACAGAACUCAUAUACUUGAAUGUCAAAGUUGUAUUGAUUAUUUAGACUUUUGUGAUUUAAAGAAACAAUUGUUUUUAAAUAUAUAUUCAUAUUUUAGAAUAUUUAAUAUAUUUAUUUAUGGGGGAAAGUAUUUUAAUAGUUUCCAUAAUGACAUGUUUAAUCAAAUUAAAAUGAACAUGUUGACACUGUUGUGGCAAGUGUUUCUUUUAUUUUGUCCAGCCCGUGUGGCUCAGCAGCCUCUCAGUCAUAGUGCUGGAGUGUAGUGGCAGCACACGGAGGAAAGGCACAGUGUAUUGAAGCACACAGGACACAAAGGAAUCAACAUUCAGUUUCACCCAUUGCAUUCAAGGCACCUGUGUAUUUGUUGAGUGUUAUUUAUUUAUUUAUUUUGAGAAUCAUACUGUAUAGAGUGCUGCACAAAAUGUUAUUAGCUGAAACACAAAAUUAUAAUUCGUACCAUAUUUCAGUAAAAUAACCCUGGUGCCCCAUAAAAUGAGCC